AAAAAAGCGAGGCGUACACUACGGAACACAGUAAAACGUGAAAGUGGCUCUGUCGGUAUUAAGAGGUUCUGGACAAACGGUAAACUUUCAAGAGUAAGCUUUCUCUGGGAGCUGGGACUUCAUAGCUACUGGAGAAGGGAAUCAUCUUGUUUUGAGGCCUUGGUUGAGCAAAAAGGAAGAUGAAUGUGGGAAAACAACAAAAACUGGAAAAUUCCAUGUCAGGUCCCAAGAUUUACAUUGAGAGAACUCUAGCUCUUAUUAAACCUGAUGCCUUUCAUAAAGAAGAGGAAAUUGAAGACCUAAUUCUCAGAUCUGGAUUCUACAUUGUUCAGAAAAGAAAAAUUAAUUUAAUCCCCGAACAGUGCAGUGAUUUUUACUCAGACCAAUAUGGAAAAAUGUUUUUCCCUACUUUGACUGCUUACAUGAGUUCUGGGCCGGUUGUUGCCUUCAUGUUAUCAAGGCAUAAUGCAAUUUCAUACUGGAAAGAGCUAAUUGGACCAUCAAACAGUUUGAAAGCUAAAGAAACCCAUCCUUACAGCUUGAGGGCUCUUUAUGGGACAGAUGACCUCAGGAAUGCUGUCCAUGGCAGCAACUGCUUUAUAUCUGCAGAGAGAGAAAUUAGAUUUAUGUUUCCUGAAGCUAUUAUUGAGCCAGUUCCUAUUGGACAAGCUGCUAAAGAUUACCUGAAUCUUUUUGUGAACCCAAUAUUGCUUUCUGGACUCACAGAACUCUGCAAGGAAAAACCAGCUGACCCAUAUAUCUGGCUUGCUGACUGGCUUUUCAAGUAUAACUCAAAUGGACCUUAUGUUGAUAGAAGACCACUAGAAUAACUCUACAGAUGAAAUGUUCUGCAAUGUUAAUAUACUUUGAUGUUUCUUAUUUGUGAGGUUUAUAAGAACACCGUUCUGCAUAACUGUUUGCUCCAAAUGUAGAGUGUCCUAAAGAGAAAUUACAAGUCAGGAAACUGAUACGAACAGUUUCAACAGUUUUUAUUAAAUGAACUUGAAACUAAAAUUGCCAAAGAUCACCUCUAACGGUUAAUAAACCAUAAAAUGAUAAUAAAAAGUAUACUGGUUA